CUCUCCGUUUUUAAUUUGAACUAUUAUCAACCGCCGCACCGCCAGUCACCACCUUCGCUCUCGCCUCUCUCUCUCUCUCUCUCUAGAUUGCACUAGGGUUUCCGACGAUUGACGGCGUCGUAUUCGGAACGGAAUCCCAGGUCGAAUUCCUGAUCCCCAGUCCCGAUCUAUCUCCACUGCGCCUGCCUCAUGCGAUCUCGCCCUGAACUCGGCGGUCUCUUCGGUCGGAUGUAGAUCGACGAUUUUAAACCAUCAAAUAACAGCUUAAAUGGUAUGCUAUUCUCUCAGUAUAAGCUACAUUGGGAGAGGGGAACUAGAGUGCUUCGGUGCUGAGAGAUAAAACAGCUUUGAUUUGUGGCGUCUAAGAGGCUGGACCGGCCAUCCUGAGUAUUUUUAAAUAUGAUGGUGGAUUCUGCUACAGCUGCGGGUCCUGGAGCUACAUCCAAUGUUUCACCUGAAAAGGAUGCUUCAGGAACUGGCGAUUAUGCCACUGGAGGAUGGAAAAGUGAGGAUGGAAGUUUCAGUUGUGGGUACACUAGCUUCAGGGGAAAAAGAGCAAGCAUGGAAGACUACUGUGAUUUGAAAUCAUCAACAAUUGAUGGGCAAACAAUUGGCCUUUUUGGAAUAUUUGAUGGACAUGGUGGUUCACGAGCUGCAGAAUACUUGAAGGAACACUUGUUUGACAACCUUAUGAAGCACUCAAAAUUCAUGACUGACACGAAGCUUGCAAUAAGUGAAACAUACAAGAAAACGGAUACAGAUUUCUUAGAUGCGGAAAGCAACUCUUCCAGAGAUGAUGGUUCUACAGCUUCAACAGCUAUCUUGAUUGGCAAGCACUUAUAUGUAGCGAAUGUUGGUGAUUCACGUACUGUGAUAUCAAAGGCUGGAAAAGCAAUCCCCCUUUCUGAGGAUCACAAGCCAAACAGAAGUGACGAGCGCAAGAGAAUUGAGGAUGCUGGAGGAUUUGUCAUUUGGGCUGGCACUUGGAGGGUUGGAGGUGUAUUGGCAAUGUCAAGAGCAUUUGGCAACCGCCUUCUAAAACAGUUUGUUGUCGCAGAACCUGAGAUUCAGGAACAAGUGGUGGAUGGAGAAUCAGAAUAUCUAGUUUUGGCCAGUGAUGGUCUUUGGGAUGUGGUGACCAAUGAGGAUGCUGUUGCAAUUAUGAAAGUUGAAGAAGAAGCUGACAAUGCAGCAAGGAAGUUAGCAGAGACUGCCUUCUUCCGUGGCAGUGCGGACAACAUAACAUGCAUCGUAGUUAGAUUCAAUCACGAUAAACAGGGUGUAGAUUCUCCUCUUCCUUCCACAGCUGCUCAAGCUUGAUAGAUGUCUGAAUUCCACGCAGAAGCAUUCUCCUCUUCCUUCCACAGCUGCUCAAGCUUGAUAGAUGUCUGAAUUCCACGCAGAAGCUACUCAAGUAAUUUGAUCAAGUUCUUAGUUCCAUUGCAUUGGAGUGGGGAAGCUCCUCCAGAUUGCAAUUUAAGCAGCACAAGUUCCAAAUUAAACUUGUUGAGAAGGCAAAAGCUCAUCCAGAUCAAGCUAAAGAAUACAAGCCCUCAACCUGUGCAAUUUGGGAUGCGGUUGAUGAACACAUCUAGAAACACCAAUAGGAAGAAAGUUUCAGGAAACAAAGGAUAAAGUCCCAGCCUGUCAAUUGUUUUCAGCUGUCGGUAGAAUCUGAUAACAGAUGGUAGUCGAGCAAAUUCUUGCACAAGGCUAAACAAAGACCAAAUUUAACUUGAAAGGAUUGGCAUUGACACUAGGAUUCGACAUUCAAAUCUUAACAGGUACUGAAGAUCAUGCACCGAGUAGGACUGCUCCUAUGCUCAAAGGAUACAUGAGAGACUACAUCAGAUGAGGUUUACAAGCAUGUUUUUUUCUUCUUCACUUCUCAUAGGCAGU